AUGGAGAAGCACAAGUGCAAGCUUUGUUUUAGGAGUUUCGCAAAUGGAAGAGCUUUGGGAGGUCACAUGAGGUCUCACAUGAUGAACCUACCCGUUCCACCGAAAGAGAGCGAGUUCGUCCCGGUUCAACUCAGUUUUGAGGCCGAGUCAUCCCCUUCUCAAUCCUCUUCUUCCUUCUACGUUCUCAGAGAGAAUCCCAAGAAAAGUUUCCGUUUUGCAGAUCCUGAAUUCUCCUUCGCAGCAGACACAGGCUCCGUCAUCCUCCAAGAUAGAGAAAGCGAGACCGAGUCAUCCAAGAACCCAACUCGGAAACGGUCCAAGAGAGCGUGGCAACUCGGAGAACCCCUAAAAAGGAUGAAACUUUGUGAAAAUAAUAGCAAGAACGAAUCUGCUAGUUCUGCUUCGGAUACCACAACGGAAGAAGACUUGGCAUUUUGUUUAAUGAUGCUGUCUCGUGACAGGUGGAAGGGGUAUGAUGAUCAUAAAAGCAUACAACAGUAUAAUGAUGAGAUUGAAGAUGAGGAUGACGAUGACGAUGACGAAGAAGAUGAGGAUGAAGAUGAGGAUGAUGAAGCAAAAAAUGGUUAUGAAUCCGAGGAGAUGAAAUCUGUUAAGAAGAGUAACAAGGUGCGAGGGAGGUACAAAUGUGAAACGUGUAACAAGGUGUUUCGAUCUUACCAAGCUCUUGGUGGGCACAGAGCGAGUCACAAGAAGAUGAAGUUGAACUGUGAAACCGAGGUUCAGAAAGCUGCACUUGAACUGGAGCAUGUUGCUACGGCGGAGAAGAAAAUCCACGAAUGCCCCGUUUGCUCUAGAGUCUUUGGUUCGGGUCAAGCCCUUGGUGGACACAAGAGAACACAUGUUAUAGGUUCUUCUGCAACUACUGCCACCGCAACUGUUAGAACUUCUGCAGCUGUUUCGGUUAGAGCUUCUGCUAGAAUGGAAGACAGUUUGUUAGAUCUUAAUCUCCCAGCUCCAAUGGAUGAUGAUGAAGAUAUUAGCCAGUUGGAUCACUCUGCUCUUUCGGAUGCAGAGUUUGUCAAACAGUGA